AAGUUUCAAAUUCAAAAUGUGAUUUCCGCCUUCCGAUCAAACGCAAUGUUUUUUAUUUAAUUUCUAGAAAUAUAUGAAUCAUAAUUAUGGUGAAAUGUUACGAAAUUAAUUAAGUUAACAGUUAAAUAUUUAAGUAAGCGGUAAAUAUAAAUAUGGUGCUCGUACAAAAUUACCUAGAUUUAAUUAAAGAAAACAAGUCUUUGGUUAGUCUUACUUUACCAAAUGUAAAAGAAUGCUUCUUACAGAUUACUUAUGGGAAAUCCAAAUGUUGUAACGCAGAAUAUAUUGUAUCGAAACCAGUACUACCAUUUGCACGAUCUGAUCAAUUUCUGAGUUGUAUAAAGAGUUGGCGGAGAUUAUCUGCUGUGAACGACGAAUGCAAGGAUAUCUACGAGAUAGAUUUUGAUAUUUCUGGCAGUAAUUUUGUCUUCAGUCCUGGUGAUACCAUAGGUGUUAUACCAAGAAACAAUGCCUUGGAAGUUAGUACAGUAAUCUCCCAUUUGGAUCUUGAUGAUGUCAAAGAUCUCCAAUAUAAUUUAUCUAUAGAACCAGACAAAAAAGGAAAAAUUCCUCUCCACAUACCAGUGAAGUCAAGUAUAGAAUAUGUUUUAACAUACUGUGUGGAUUUAAGAGGGGUAGUAAAAAAGUUAUUCCUGCUAGCAUUAUCUAGACAUACAAAAGAUGAAAAAGAAAGGAAGGUUCUUGAGUAUCUUUGUAGUAAAGAAGGAUCCACAAAGUACACAUCAGAUAUUCUUAAUAAAAACAUUUGUUUCCUUGAUCUUCUUCAUAUGUUUAAAUCAUGCAAACCCCCUGUACAAGUAAUAUUUGAGCAUCUACCUAGAUUGCUACCAAGGCCUUAUUCAAUUGUUAAUAGUUCUAAUUCACACUCAAAUUUAAUUAAGAUCUGCUUUUCUGUAAUGGAUAUUGGGAAUAAGAGGAGAGGUUUGACAAGUGGGUGGAUGGAACAAUUAAUAUUAAACAAUAGUUUGGAGGUCAGAAUGGGGAACUUAAAUAUUAACAGUGAGAGCAAUAAUAAAAUACCAAUUUAUUUAAGGCGAAAUUUGAAUGGAUUUACACUCCCCAUUGACACAGGCACACCCAUAAUAUUAAUAGGUCCUGGUACAGGAGUGGCUCCAUUCAUUGGAUUUCUUGAAGAGAGGGAAUAUAUAAGAAAUAACAACUCAAACAAAGACUUGGGCCCUGCAUGGCUUUUUUUUGGUUGCCGCAGUCCUCAUUUGGAUCAUUUGUAUGAGAAGGAAUUAAACACCUUUUUGAAUAAAAAUAUUCUGAGCAAUUUGAGUACAGCAUUUUCAAGGGUGGAUAAUUGCAAAAACAAAUAUGUACAGGAUGCUCUUAUAGAAAACGCAGCAGAACUUAUAAAAUUAAUCAAAUCUGGUGCUUAUGUAUAUAUCUGUGGGGACGUUAAAGUUAUUGCAUCACAAGUGAAGGAAGUUUUGAUUGAUUCUCUUAUCAAAUAUGAUAAUAUUACGACACAGGAAGCAGAAAAAUACGUGAAUGACAUGCAAAAAGAGAGAAGAUACAUAACUGACAUUUGGAAUUAAUAUUUUGUAUGAGAUACUUAAUUGGGCCACUGAGCUUUUGGUAAGUGAUCACCACCGCCCCUGUCGCACAGAUGGUGUCUCUGCGAAUAUCUUCCGUCUAUUACCCGCUCCGGGCUUCCCCACUCAACGAACGAAACACAGUCUCGUCUUUCUUCCGUGGGGG